GUGCGAUGUGACGAAACGGCGAUAAAAUUUAUUUUCUUCCCUGGUUUUCUGCAUACGUUUUUUAGUUUUAUUCGGUUUUCGUUGUUCAAAAUUGUUUUAAAGUGACUUAAUUUCAGUUUAUUGCAAAGUCCAGUGCAUCUGCUAGAAAGCCACAAUGUCCCGGGAAAUACAAGUGCACGUUAGGAAGGAAAAAAAGUUCCGCUUAAAUGUGUCCGGUGCUACCGAGCAAGAUGUGGAGCUGGUGCAGGUCGACGAAAAUACCCAGGACACGGAGGGUCUGAAUGUCGAUUCGCUGGCGGAAGAACAUUCCGAACCAAAUCUGGUGGCAACCAAGGAUGGAAGAAUGAUUAUCGAGAUGAAACCAGGCAGGACAUGUGAAAUUUGCAAUGUAACUUUUACAUCACCCGAGAUCUACAAAAAACAUACCCAAACAUGCCGGGAGAAGAUCAUCGAGUUCAACGAUGUUCUACAAAAGGAGAAAAAUGCGGCCAUGAUUGCCCAGCCGGGUGAAGAGUUUUUCAAGUACUGCAAUCCGAAUCCAGAGAAUCCUUGCUACUGCUGCGGUGAGGACAUAUCCACAGCUCACGUCGGUCACAUCAAGUGUAAACUCUGCCCGAAGUCAUUCAAAGCGUAUGAAUAUCUGGAGAAGCACCUGAUCUCCAUUCACGCCUCAACGGACGAUUUCAGCUGCAGCCAGUGCAAUGCCAAGUGUCCUUCGGAGAAAGUUCUCAACGACCAUAUGACAACGCACAGCGAGGGCAAACCUUUCUCCUGUUUGAAGUGUGGGAAAGAUUUUACGCGGAAGUAUCAUCUCGAACGGCAUCUAAAUCACUCCGGCUGCGGGGAAGUUCCCAAAGAACUACUUCCCUGUGAAGUGUGCGGAAAAGAUUUCACACGUUUGGAUAACCUACGGGAGCAUCUUCGCUUCCACAUGGGCGAAGGCAAACGGAAACGUGACUACCAGUGUCCGUACUGUCCUAAAGCGUUCUAUGGAUCGUCUUUACUGAACAUUCACAUUCGUACCCACACCGGGGAGAAACCGUUUCCGUGCGAUUUGUGCUCGAAAUCAUUCCCGUCCACCGGAGCGUUGAGAAAGCACCGUCGAUCGCACACCGGCGAACGUCCGUAUCGUUGCGAUCAGUGUUCGGCCACCUUCGCGGCUCGGGAGACGUUGAACAGGCAUCGCAAAACCCACACCGGUGAAAAGCCGCACGAGUGUACGAUCUGCGGUAAACGUUUCAUCCAGGCAACGCAGCUUCGUUCGCACAUGUUCCAUCACACCGGCGAGAAUGGGUUCGAAUGCGAGGAAUGUAAAGUCUCAUUCAACCGAAAAGUGCGUUUGGAGGAACACGUUCGUUACGUCCACCGGAAGGAAGCUCCAAUGGAAUGUGAUAUCUGUUCGAAAACAUUCACCCGCAAGGAGGAUCUCAGCCGUCACCUGGACACGCACAGUGUUUCGAGAAAUUAUUCCUGCCCGCAGUGUGGGAAAUCUUUCGUGUCCAGAACGGCGCUUAAGCUGCAUCAGCGAACCCAUGAGGUGGAAAACCCUUGUAUAUGCCCCAUUUGCAAACAUAAGUUCAUACGUAAAGAUUGCUUACGGAGACAUAUGAGGUCACGUCAUCGUGAUUGUCCUGAAGAAAUGUUGGUCAUUUCUGAAAAAGAUGACUCCACCAUAGAUGCUCCACCAAAACAACGUGUUCUGUUAGAAAUAGAAGAAGUCGACGAGCAGGAAGAAGAAGAAGUAGAACCCGAAGAGGACGAACAAAUGCUGGAAAUCGACGGCGAAGUCUAUCAAAUAACGCCGCUUGAAGACAUCGAGUUGGUGAAGAUCAAUAGAAAACCCAAGGUAGCUAAAAAAGAAAAGGAGAUUAAGGUUUUGGAUGUAGUGGAAAUAGCACCGCCAAAAUUAGAACCCACACCCGAGCCAGUACCUGAGCCUGAACCUGUACCCGUUCCGGUUGAAAUAAAGAAAAUAAAGAAGCAGAAACGGAGUAUUUCGGUAAAACCUAAAGAUAUACCGUCGAACGAAGAAAAUUCCCUCCUAGUUCCAAUUGCCGAAAAACCGGUCAGCCUGGAUAUCCCUGUUGCGUCUGGAUUAGUCGAGAAACCACCAAAAGAGCGCAAAAAGCGUAAGCGAGCCGCAGAGGCUGAUAGUGUUCCGGCAGUGCCACCGACCAGGAUCAAGGUCGAACAGGAGGAAUCCAUCCCCAUCUUUUUGAGUGAUGAUGCCCUGAAGAAGAAAGUGUCGGAGCUUUUGUGUGUGCUGAUCGAUGAAGAAGUGCUAACGGAGUUUGGCUGGCCAACGGCUCCCGUGCAGGAUGUCCUGAGCGACGUAAUCAAACGUUGCGGGCACAAACCGGCAGCGGAUGCCGAAGUCGGAGAUUGUAGCACCCGCAUGCGUGAAAACACCAAGAUUCUCUUUGCCCUCACGAUGGAGGAUGACAGCAUCAAAACGUUGCUCAACAAUCACACCAUUGACGAGGUGAUCACAAAUGUUUUAAGAAAUAAGUGAAGCGGGCUUGUCCCAGAGAACUGGGUAGCAAUAAGUGCAAUUAUUCCCUUGAGAAGGCAAACGCUAACAAGAAUCACAUUGAGGCCUUUGAUUGACGUUACAUUUAUUAUUAAUUUUUAUACAUUUAUGUGCGUUUAGAUUCUACACCGUGUAACAUUUUAAGAUUAGGGAGUUUCCGGAAAUUGUAUUAAAUAUCAUCGCUUUGUACAUAGCAGAAUUACGAAGAUAAAGCUUGUCCAUUUCUAUUGAAGAAAUGAAAAAAUGUUAUUUGGUGAUCCAAAUUCUCUUCGUACAUCUGGCAACGACUUUGUCGGUUAAUUAAUUAUACAUUACAUAUUACAUUGUACAUCUAC